UCCAAUAUUGUCACACUAAAAUCAUUCAAAUUCUUUCAAUGUCGUCCUGUAGCUACUAUCUCUUUCAUUUUUGUUUUCUUUUCAUCACAUCAGCUUGUCUAGCUCAAACCAAUUUCCAUCCUAAAACAUUCUUCCUUGCAGUGAAACAAGAUCCUUCUACUCUCCAAUACAUCACAGAAAUUCACCAACGAACACCUCUAAUCCCCGUUAAACUCGCCGUCCAUGUUGGUAGCGAAAACCUAUGGGUGGAUUGCGAAACGGGCUUCAAAAGCUCAACGUACAAGCCAGCUCAUUGCGAUUCAAGGCAAUGUAAUCUGGCAAGAUCAACAUCUUGCGGAGAUUGUAAAACCGAAAAUAAUAAAACCCGGCCCGGUUGCAACAACAAUGCGUGCUAUAACACUGUGUCCAACCCGGCUAUGAAUAGUACUUUCUACUCUGGUGGUGAAAUCGCGGAGGAUGUUUUGACGAUUCAAUCCAUUAACGGAUCCUAUACGGGAUUUGAAUCUCGGGGGCCCGUUGUAACUGUGCCGAAGUUUAUCUUCAGCUGUUCUCCAUCUUUUUUAACCCAAAAUCUCGGGAAAGAUGUUAAGGGAAUGAUUGGAUUUGGUCAGCAAAGUCCAGUAUCAUUUGCUACUCAACUUGCAUCAACUUUUAGAUUCAGCAGACAAUUUGCUAUUUGUUUGAGCUCAUCACCUCUUGAAAACGGAAUAAUCUUUAUUGGGCAUAGGCCUUAUUACUUUGCACUUGGCUUUGAUGCCUCUCAAGACCUUUUCUAUACACCUAUAAUUACCCAACCGCGUUCAGAGUAUUAUAUUCAAGUUUCUUCCAUUAGAAUUAACGGAAAAACUUUGUCAUUGAACAAAACAUUACUGUCGUUGGAUGAAAAUGAAGAAGGGGGGACUAGAAUCAGUACGGCCGUUCCUUAUACUGAAUUGGAACCUUCUAUUUACAGUGCAUUAAGCAAAGCUUUUAUUAGUGAAAUGCCGAAAGAGGUGAAAACGGUGUCUCCAGUGCCACCAUUUAAAACUUGUUUUAACUCUUCAUAUAUUGGUAUAACAAGCCUUGGCUACAAUGCGCCUGGAAUUUAUUUUGUUCUCCACAAUCCAAAUGUGUAUUGGACAAUUACUGGAGCAAAUUCAUUGUUAUUAGUACGCCAGGGCGUCUUUUGCCUAGCGUUUGUUGAACGGAAAAAAGCAACGGGACAAGCAAUUGUUAUAGGUGGUUAUCAAAUGCAGAACAAUCUUGUGGAAUUUGAUCUGGCUAGAAGAAGAAUUGGGUUUACUAACUCCCUCUUUUUCCGUCAGACUAUGUGUUCAGAUCAAUUCUACACUUAGAGAAAUUAAGGGGUCGUUUUAUUUUUUAAAAGUUUCUUGUUCAAUAAGCUUUCAUGUUUGAUUAUCUUUUAAAUCUUGAUUUAAA